CUCUUUCGUCAUACCACGCUUGAUUCACAAUUUCAAAGCUCUCUCUCUCUCUCUCUCUCUCUCUCUCUCUCCAGACACACUAAAUUUCUACUUCCCUAUUUUGCCCCGACACGCUCUUCCCCAUCUCCUCUCAAUGUCCCCAACCCUAACCCUCCCCAACCCUAAUUCCCUCCAUUCCUCCCGGCAAAUUCCAUUUCCUUCCUCCCACAUGCCUCCUCGCCUAAUCCCCACCUCGCUUCGGACCCCGAGCUUCAAUGCUCCCAUUUGUGCAUUCACCCACACCCACUCGUCCUCGGCAACGGCCACCGUCUCUCGUAGGCCCUCCAGUUUAUACGAGGUCCUCCGAGUCAAGCGUACCGCUUCCUUCACGGAGAUCAAGACUGCUUAUCGAAGACUGGCCAAGAUGUACCACCCCGACGCCAUUCAAGAGCCCGAAUCAGACGGCAGCGAUUUCAUCGAGAUUCACAACGCCUACGCCACGCUCUCCGAUCCAUCUUCAAGGGCGCUCUACGAUCUGUCCUUGGGUGCCCAGUUCGAGAGGCGACCCUUCAGUUUCACGACCGGUAAUCGGACGGGGUUUUAUGCGACCCGGAGAUGGGAAACGGAUCAGUGCUGGUAGCAGGAAAGAUCAGAAUAGAAGGCACGCGGGAGCCCGACCCCAUUAGUAUUUUAAUUUUUCAUGCCCUUUUUUUGUCUAGUGGGGAAUCUAUUUACAAAAACGAAAUAGAGAGAAAAUGUAAACUAGCCACGGUUGGAUGUGUGGCAAUGUAGAGUAAGUCUUGUAAAUUCUACCGUCUAUUUGUUUCUCGUUUUUUUCUGAGAAAAAAAUUAUUUUCAAGAAAAAUGAGUACUCACUUCUAAUUUCGUUCUU